AUGGAUAAGGGGAUCUUCACCAACGACGGCUCCUUCAUGGCGAGGUUCAAGCAGAUGCAGCAGGAGGCGCAGGAGAAGGAGAAGGCCGCUGCCGCCGCUGCCUCAUCGGCUCCCAAGCAUGCGAACCCAAAGCAGGGGUUUGCUCUUGCGGCGAACAAGAGGCCAAUCCAGCUGAAGAAGGCUGGUCCGGUAGCCUCGGCUGGUAAGCUGGCCUUUAGCCUCAAGAAGGCCAAAGUCGCGGUUGCACCUGUCUUCUCAGCCGAUGAUGAGGACGAGGAUGCCGUGGAUGUGGAGAGGGAGGAGCCCGCCAAGCGCCAGAAAUCUGUGCAAGCUGAUGCUCCUGCGGCAGCUGCCCCGGCCGGGGCUGUUGCCCCACCCCCACCAAAUGAUAUGACAGUGAGACAAGUCGCUGACAAAUUGGCAAGCUUUGUUGCCAAAAAUGGGAGACAGUUUGAGAAUAUCACACGGCAGAGGAAUCCUGGAGAUACACCAUUCAAGUUUCUAUUUGACAAACACUGUCCAGACUACAAAUAUUAUGAGUAUCAGCUUGCUGAAGAGGAAAAGGCUCUUGCUCAGUCACAGGAGGCUGAAGCAUCAAAAAGUGCUAACUCUGGCAUUGCAAGCUUCAAGGCACCAGGUGGUACACAUAGAAGCUCAUUUGAACAGAAGUCUAACUAUCAGACACCUGCAUCAGCUUUGUAUGGUGCAUAUGAGGGUAGUUCUUCCCAAGGAAGCUCUUCUAGUUACGGUGAUCAUAUGACUCCACCGUCAGAUCCUGUAGCAUUGAUGGAAUUCUAUGCAAAGAAGGCUGCACAGGAAGAACGGAAGCGGCCACCAAGGCAGUCGAAAGAUGAAAUGCCACCUCCUCCUUCUCUUCAAGGUCCUCCUAAGAAGGGACACCACAUGGGUGACUUCAUUCCUCCAGAAGAACUUGAAAAGUUCAUGGCACGCUGUAAUGAUGCUGCAGCACAAAAGGCUACCAAAGAAGCCGCCGAGAAGGCUAAGAUUCAGGCAGACAAUAUUGGGCACAAACUUCUAUCUAAGAUGGGUUGGAGGGAAGGUGAGGGUCUUGGUAGCGAGAGAAGAGGCCGUGCAGAUCCCAUUAUGGCUGGAGAUGUGAAGAAGGAUCAUCUUGGUGUUGGCGCGGUCCAGCCUGGUGCGGUCACCUCUGAAGAUGACAUCUACGAGCAAUACAAGAAGCGAAUGAUGCUUGGAUACCGCUAUAGGCCGAACCCUCUGAUGGGGGACAUUGAAGAAACAGUGGUGCAUCUGAAUGUUCAAGUGAAUGAGAAUGAAGUUGUAAAUGGGGAGAAUGCCAAGCAGGAUGAGCAGCAGCAGUCCAAGGAUGGAGAGGAGGUGGGAGAUGAGGAAAGCAAGAAAAGGAAGCCCAUGGUUCCAAGAUCAGAUGUUUGGGAACACUUCAGCAAGAUCAAACUUGAUAAUGGGGAGGAGAGAGCCAAGUGCAAGUACUGCGGCAAGCAACUCCGCUGUGACACAAAGUUAAAUGGUACGUCCUCCAUAAAGGCUCAUUUGAAAAUCUGCAAGAAGAAUCCUAACAAACCUGUAGUAGAUAAUCAAGAAAUUGGUGCCCUGGCCAUUUCUAAGGAUAGCACUACUGCUAUUACAUCUUGA